AUGAUUGAAGAUGGUGACAGAGUUUGUUGGAAGAAGAAAUCAAUAUUCUUUGAUCUCGAGUAUUGGAAAUACCUUCGUGUGAGGCAUGUCCUAGAUGUUAUGCACAUUGAGAAGAAUGUUUGCGAUAGUAUCACUGGUACAUUGCUGGAGAUCCCUGGAAAAAAUAAUGAUGGGAUUGCUGCUCGAUUAGAUUUAUUGAACAUGGGGGUCAAAACUGAUUUGCAACCCGAGUGUGGAGAAAGACGUACUCAUUUGCUUCCCGGGCCUUGGAAUUUGUCAAGAGCAGAGAAGAGAGAGGUUUUCAAUUCUUUCUAUGGUAUGAAGGUCCCUGAAGGUUAUUCUUCAAAUAUAAAAAAUCUUGUAUCUUUACAAGAUUCAAGACUUCUUGGCCUUAAAUCACAUGAUUGUCAUACCUUAAUACAACAAUUGCUCCCUGUGGCAAUUCGUUCUGUUUUGGAGAAGCCUGCAAGAUGGAUGUAUCCGUUUGAAAGAUAUAUGAAAGUGCUAAAGGGGUAUGUUCAGAAUCGUACUCAUCCCGAAGGUUGCAUUGCUGAGCAGUAUAUAGCUGAAGAAGCUGAAGAGUUUUGUACCGAGCAUUUAUCUGAUGUUAGUACAGUUGGAGUGCCUUCAAGCCAAAAGAUGGGAGUUUCAAAGCCAUUAUCAGGUUGCACAGUGAGCUUAGUUGAUCGGGACCUGUUGAACCAAGCACAUAUAUAUGUCUUGGAGAAUACGGAGAAAGUCCUACCUUAUAUUGAGCAACAUAUGAUCCACAUCAAGACCGCUUAUCCAAAAUUUAAAAAGAGAACAAAGUGGCUGCAAGAUAAGCACAAUAGCACUUUCAUUCAAUGGCUAUGCUUCAGGGAAGACAAUCAUGGCGUAUCAGAAAAUUUAAGGUGGCUAGCAGCUGGUCCAAACAUGGCAGUGCCAUCAUAUAGGAGCUAUCUUAUUAAAGGUAUUAAAUUUAACAUCAAGGCACAAGAUGAUGUGUGGACAACUCAAAAUAGUGGAGUUUAUUUACUUGCACAUACCAUGCAAGUUGCUAGUGUCAAGGAUAAAAACCUAAUUCUCUCAAAUAUGGGUUUCUAUGGUGUCAUUCAAGAAAUUUGGGACCUUGACUACCAAAAGUUUACAAUCCCAGUCUUUAGGUGUGAUUGGAUAGAUAGUUCUGGUCUUGUAGUCGACGAACUUGGAUUUACCCUUGUAGAUUUGAGUAAAAUUGGACAUAGGAAUGACCAAUUUGUUUUGGGUUCUCAAGUCAAACAAGUAUUUUUUGUUGACGACCCGAUGCAUCGUGGUUGGUCAGUAGUGUUAUCAAUGCCUAAUAGAGAAUAUAAUGAUGUUAUUGGUGAUGAUGUCUUAGGUGAUGUGAGAAUUGAGUGUGAGCCAUUUACUAGAGGGAUGCCAAAUGUUGACACAUUUGAUGAACUGGUGGGUGAGUUUGGGAGUCAAAAUAUUCGAGAUGGGUGUGAAGAUAUAUGGAUUGAAUGA